GGUUAUUUGAACGCAUAGAUGACCCUGGGCGAUACAUUAAGUUUACAUGGUUGCGUUGCGGAUAAGUUCACUCUUAAGGAUAGUAUCAUACUAUGAUUUACCAAUUUCUUUUCCUCUUUUGUUGUUAACAUACACAGGUUCCUGCCUGGAUGUUUUGGUGAUCCCCUGAUACUAGACACAGAAGCCUGUUAAGCGAAAGCUUCUUCUAUUCCGUCCACAACCGACUGAACCAUUUAGCCCCACAAUUUAAAUGCCUUAUGAGUGACCUUGGGGCUAGCCACCCUUCGGGUAGGUCCUGGGACCGUCCUGUUAAGUAUGGAAGCAGUAGCGGAUUGUCAGACUGUGUGGUUUCAUCAAAGAGCAAGACAAUUACCGUUUUCAUUUUUAUUCUCAUAAAUGUUUUGAAUUACAUGGACAGAUUUACGAUCGCUGGAGUUCCCGAGAAUGUAAAAAGCUACUACAAAAUAAACGACUCAAAACUAGGCCAGCUGCAGACCAUGUUUUUUGUAUUCUACACUAUUCUUAGUCCUAUUGCUGGUUAUCUUGGUGAUCGUUGGAAAAGAAAACGAAUCAUGCAGAUUGGUCUGUCGAUUUGGAUAAUCGUCACUUUGGCGAGUUCUUUCGUUCCUGCUCAUCUAUUCAGCUUAUUUUUAGCUACUCGCUGUUUUGUUGGAAUCGGUGAAGCCAGCUAUUCCACAUUGGCUCCAACAAUCCUAUCUGACUUGUUUAUGGGGAAUGCAAGAACCAAAGUUUUAGGUCUCUUUUACUUUGCAGCACCUGUUGGAAGCGGACUAGGUUUCAUAGUUGGUUCAGAAAUAACUCGUCUGACAGGAUCUUGGCAAUGGUCUUUACGAAUUACACCGAUUUUGGGCUUGCUUUGUAUAAUUUUACUGAGUGUUUUGCAUUCAGAUCCGCCUCGUGGUGAAGCAGAGGGAGGUUCGCACAUGCGUACCACUUCGUGGUGGCUAGAUAUAAAGUCCCUACUAUCUAAUCAAGCCUUUAUGUUUAUUAGCUGUGGAUAUACAUGUGUCUGUUUUGUUUUGGGUUCACUUUCCUGGUUCGCGAUUGAUCUAAUCCAGUCAGCAUUGAAUGCAAUAAACGAUGAUCCUUCUGCCUGGAGGAAUUACAAUAUUCCCAUUGUUGUUGGAGCUUCAACAUGUCUUGCGGGUAUUUUUGGAGUCUUAUCUGGUGCAAAACUAGGUCGUUAUUUACGUCGAUGGGUUCCUGCGGCAGACGCCUAUGUUUGUUCUGCAAGUCUUUUUAUAUGUGCUCCAUUCUUAUUCUUUGCUCUGGUGUCUCCAUCCUGGAAUUUCUAUGUAUGCAUUGUUCUUGUUUUCAUCGUCGAAUUUCUUCUAUGCAUCACAUGGGCCCUUGUGACUGAUAUGACUAUGGGAGUAGUUAUUCCUACUCGACGUUCGACAGCAUCUGCUCUUCAAAUGGUUAUGAGUCAUGCACUAGGAGAUGCCAUCAGUCCGGCUAUUGUUGGUCGGAUUGCAGUAGCUUUUACAGAUCUGCAUUCAUUAGAAACACAAUAUUUAGGCUUACAAAGAGCAUUAUUUCUAACUGCGUUUGUUUGUGCUCUAGGUGGUUUUUUAUUUCUUAUGGUUACUUUGUAUUUGGUUAAAGCUAAGAAUGAUGUUCAUAGAGCUAUUCAAGCUUCUCAACAUGACAUGGUUGCUGUAAUAAGCGGACAAGAAAUUGAGGUUCCUGCGACUCCAUCAUCUAUUCAUAGUGAAGUGUCCACUUGAUCAAAUAUAUUCAUCAUAUAUAUGUAUAUGGUUUUCAUAUUUAUGCAUCUAUUCAAGUUUAUACUGCUCAUAUUAUCUCUCGAUAUUAAAUUAUUUUAUUUCUGUUUCCAUCGUCUUCCUGUAUUAUAAAAGUAAAUCAAUAGCAAAUAGAGAGAAUUUUAAUACAUUGAAAGGUCAGCAUUUGUUUUGCUUGUAGUUACAUCUGUGUUACUCUGAUAGAUUGUCUAUGCUUGUCCAUGUAUCUAUCUAUCUUAUCAAGGCAGUAGAUUUUGUGUCUUGUUGAACUAACAUAUUUAUUGUUAGAUUUGUGAAUUACUUGUUCUCUUUUUCUAAGUAUCAUUAUUAUUUUUUAUUCUCUUUACUUAUCAAUACAGAAAUUGUACUGUUCUUUGUAUAUUCAAUUAAAUAAUACGUAAAUGAAUAAAUCAUCAUUGUAAUUUGUAAUUGGCUAAUUUCAACAGUUUUUUUUUUGAAGAUAAGAUGUCAGUUAACCAUUUUUGUGUAAAAUAUUCGGUUUUAAUGGAUGAACUAUUGGGUUUAUCAAAUCAUAAUAAUUAUCUAAUUGAAAGAUUUUGUUAGUUCUUUUUUUGUUGUUGCAAAAAACAUAUAUAAGCGAACAUUAUUGUUUUCAAUUAGAUCAUCAUCAGGUUUUACUUUCAUAUACAGUAAUAUUUAUAUGCAU